CUCUACUUCACCCAAGCAUAAAAUGCUCCCCAUUUUUUGUUUAAUAUGCGUGAUUAUGUCGGAUCCAUAAACCAUCGGUCACUGGGUUGCUUUCCCCGCCAGUAUCUUUUCUCCGUGGCACGCCUCCUGUUUGGUUCCCGAGAAACUGGGGAAAAUUUGCCGGCAGGACUCGGGAGAAAGGUGAAAACAAUAAAUGACGGGAGCCGAAAGAAAUAGAAAAAAAGCAACAUAUUUUUUAAUACUUCUGCUUUCCUCUCCGAGCAAUAAACAGAGGAAACCUCUCAUUUCUAUCCUGACAACUUGAAGAAGUUCGAUUUUAUUCUCGGAGAGUGAACUUAAAAUGGCGAUUUCGUCAAUUCGUUUCUUACACUGUUUGAGGCCUUGUAAUGUGGCCUCUAGUGCGAUUGUGAGUUCGUAUGUAUCACAUACCCUGUCCUUCGUAGCUUCCAUGAGUAGAUUUCACAGCUCCUCAUCGGAAUGUAGUUUUUGUUGUUUUAGCGGUGGUCUCGUGUCGUGCGGUGCUCGGUCUCGAAACUUUGCUAGGGUGAGAGACAGAGUACACAGAACUGAGGAUGAUCCUAUUCUUGGUGAUUCUAUGGAUGAUAUUGAAGGCAAGAAGGAUGCAGACAUAAGUCUUCAGGUGCAAGAGCGUGAUUUUACUGGCACAGCUUAUGUUCCCGUUUACGUGAUGUUACCUCUGGGUGUCAUCGACAUGAACUGUGAGUUGGUUGAUCCUGAAGGUCUUCAAAAUGAGUUAAAGACCUUGAAAUCAGCUAAUGUUGAUGGUGUUAUGGUUGAUUGCUGGUGGGGAAUAGUAGAGGGUAAUGCUCCACAGCUAUAUAACUGGAGUGGGUACAAGAAACUCUUUCAGAUUGUGCGUGAACAUAAGCUUAAGUUGCAGGUUGUUAUGUCAUUUCAUAAAUGUGGAGGCAAUGUUGGCGACGAUGUACAUAUUCCUCUUCCAAAAUGGGUGACAGAAAUUGGUCAGACCAAUCCUGACAUAUAUUUUACAGAUAGAGAAGGAAGACGGAAUACUGAAUGCCUCACAUGGGGGAUUGAUAAAGAACGGGUUUUGAAAGGCAGGACUGCUGUUGAGGCUUACUUUGACUAUAUGAGAAGCUUUCGCGUAGAAUUUGAUGAGUUUUUUGAGGCUGGAAUCAUCUCCGAGAUUGAAGUUGGAUUAGGUCCAUGUGGAGAGCUACGUUAUCCCUCAUAUCCUGCAGAGCAUGGAUGGAAAUAUCCUGGUAUCGGUGAAUUCCAGUGUUAUGAUAAGUACUUAAUGAAGAGUCUGAGCAAAGCAGCGGAAUUGAGGGGACACUUAUUUUGGGCUAAGUGUCCAAAUAAUGCAGGUUCUUAUAAUUCUGCACCAUAUGAGACCAGGUUUUUCUGUGAUGGAGGUGAUUAUGAUAGCUACUAUGGCAGAUUCUUUCUAAAUUGGUAUUCUCGAGUUCUGAUUGAUCAUGGUGAUCGUGUACUUGCUCUGGCCAAUUUAGCUUUUGAAGGCACUUGCAUUUCUGCAAAGAUAUCAGGUAUUCAUUGGUGGUACAAAACAGCUAGUCAUGCUGCUGAAUUGACUGCUGGUUUCUACAACCCUUCAAAUCGUGAUGGCUAUGCUCCAAUUGCAGCAAUGUUGAGUAAGCAUGGUGUGGGUCUCAACUUCACAUGCGUUGAAAUGCGCACAUUGGAUCAAAAUGAGGAUUUUCCAGAGGCACUGGCAGAUCCUGAGGGGUUAGUUUGGCAGGUACUCAAUGCUGCAUGGGAUGCUUGCAUACCGGUUGCCAGUGAGAAUGCUCUUCCUUGCUAUGACAGAGAGGGUUAUAACAAGAUAUUAGAAAAUGCCAAGCCACGGCAUGAUCCAGAUGGCAGGCAUUUAUCAGUUUUUACCUAUCUCAGGCUCAGCCCUGCUCUAAUGGAGAGACAUAAUUUCAUUGAGUUUGAACGAUUUGUCAAGAGAAUGCAUGGGGAAGCAGUCAAGUAGCCAAUCUAAUUUGAACGGUGGUCGUGCAAAACUCCAGCUGAUGUAUGAAUUCAGGGCUUGCUGCCUGUGAGCUAAACAUUCAUACACGAUAACUUAUGUUAAACUUUACUCUUGUUUGUUUGUACAAUUCGGUGUAAGAUGACAGUGAGGUAAAUACAUUUCAUUAUAAUGAGGCAGUUAUACAAUGUACAUGUAAUUUAUGGUCUUUUUUUCUUGAUGGAUUAUAGAAAGGGUUUAUAUAGAAGCUGUGAGCAUUUCUAUUUCUGUUA